CGGACCGCAGACUGUUGAGGAACACCGAGUCACGCUGUCGAGGAAGGGAGACCAUCCAGGAUGCCAGAGCCAAUCAAAAAACCAGCUCCAGCCGAGGCCCCUGCUGAGGGAGCCGGGGAGUCCGAGGCCAAACCGGAGCAGAACCCAGCUCCGCCUGCAGCAGCACCGACACCAGAGGAGCCUCCUGCCCCGGCUGAGGACGUGCAGCCUCCAGACACCAGGCAGGACCUGACUGGACUCUUCACAGAGAAACCCCAGAGUGGAGAAGUCACAGUGGGUGAAAACAUCACGUUUGUUGCUAAAGUGAACGCCGAGUCGCUGCUGAAGAAACCCACCAUCAAAUGGUUCAAGGGGAAGUGGAUGGACCUCGCCAGCAAGUCUGGAAAACACCUGCAGCUGAAGGAGACGUACGACCGCAACACCAAGGUCUACACGUUUGAGAUGCAGAUCAUUGCAGCCAAGCCCAACUUUGCCGGAGCGUACAGAUGUGAGGUUGCGUCCAGGAACAAGUUCGACAGCUGCAACUUUGAGCUGGCUGUACACGAGGCCAGGGCUCCUGAAGGUCUGGACAUCAGAGCAGCUUUUAGGCGCACGAGCGAAGCCACUAAGAAGAGAAGCGGACCAUCGUUAAGUAGCACGGAUGGAAAUGAAGACUCAGGAGAACUGGACUUCAGCGCUUUGUUAAAGAAGAGAGAAGCGGUGCAGACGAGCUCAGAUCCCGACGUGGACAUCUGGAAGAUCCUCAGCAGCGCUCCCGCCUCAGAAUAUGAAAAGAUUGCCUUUCAGCAUGGCAUCACCGACCUGCGAGGGAUGCUCAAGAGACUGAAGAAGAUGAAGAAAGAGGAGAAGAAGAGUGAAGCUUUCCUCAAGAAGCUGGAUCCGGCCUACCAGGUGACCAAGGGACAGAAAAUCAAGCUCGCGGUUGAGGUCGCCAAUGAGGACGUUGAGGUGAAGUGGCUGAAGAACGGACAAGAAAUCCAGCCGACUGGAAGCAAGUACAUAUUUGAGAGUGUCGGCAACAUGCGCUACCUCACCAUCAGCAACUGCUCCCUGGCUGACGACGCCGCGUACUGCUGCAUCGUGGGCGAGGAGAAGUGCACCACUGAGCUCUUUGUUAAAGAGCCUCCUGUCACCAUAGUGAAAAACCUGGAGGAUCAGAUGGUCAUGAAGGGUGAGCGGGUGGAGCUGGAGUGUGAAGUCUCGGAGGAAGGAGCCAAUGUUAAAUGGGAGAAAGACGGCGUGGAGCUGACCAGGGACGAGUCUUUCAAGUACCGCUUCAAGAAAGACGGCUGCAAGCACGUGCUGAUCAUCAACGAGGCCACCAAAGAGGACUGCGGCCACUACAAGGUUAAAACCAAUGGCGGCGAGUCCAUGGCUGAGCUCCUGGUGCAGGAGAAAGAGCUGGAGGUCUACCAGAGCAUCGCUGACCUCACGGUGAAGGCCAAGGAUCAGGCGGUUUUCAAGUGCGAGGUGUCGGACGAGAACGUGAGGGGAACCUGGUACAAGAACGGCGUGGAAGUCAAGGCAGACGCCAGAAUAAAUAUCACACAUAUCGGCAGGAACCACAAACUGACCAUCGAUGAAGUCAAGCCUGAGGACGAGGGCGACUACACGUUCGUGCCCGACGGCUACGCCUUCAACCUUUCUGCUAAACUCAAUUUCUUGGAGGUGAAGAUCGACUUUGUGCCACGUCAAGACCCUCCUAAGAUCCACCUCGACUGUAUGGGUCGCACUGCCGAGUCGACCAUCGUGGUGGUGGCUGGAAACAAACUUCGCCUGGACGUCCCCAUCACCGGAGACCCAGCUCCCACAGUGAUCUGGACCAAAGGAGAGAAGGUGAUCACAGAAGGAGACGGCAGAGUCCAUGUGGAAACCACCAAGGGUCACUGCAUCUUCACUCUGGAGGGGGCAGAGAGGCAGGAUGAGGGAAUCUACUCGGUCGUGGUUCGAAACCCUGCUGGGGAAGACACUGCCGAUAUCAAUGUGAAAGUUGUCGAUGUUCCCGACCCUCCCCAGGCUCCCACAAUCCUCAGCAUGGGGGAGGACUCCUGCGUGGUCCACUGGGAACCCCCUCUGUUUGACGGCGGACAGCCGGUCAUCGGUUAUGUGAUUGAGAGGAAGAAGAUUAAGAGCUUCAGGUGGAUGAGACUGAACUUUGACCCCUACCCCAAAACCACCUACGAAGCCCGACGAAUGAUUGAAGGCGUAGCGUACGAGAUGCGAGUCUACGCCGUCAACAGCAUCGGCAUGUCUCGCCACAGUCCCGCCUCACAGCCGUUCGUGCCCAUCGCCCCGACCAGCGAGCCCAUCGGACUGUGUGUCGACGACGUCAGCGACACUUCCAUCGUGCUGAAGUGGCGGCGGCCUGAGAGGAUCGGCUCGGCUGAACUCGAGGGCUACGGGGUCGAGUACUGCAAGGAGGGCACUGAUGAAUGGAUCCCAGCCAUGGAGGGUCUGACAGACAGGACAUCAAUGACCAUCAAAGAUCUCACCACCGGAGACAAACUGCAGUUCCGUGUCCGGGCCUACAACACGGCUGGACCCAGCGCUGCCGCCACUCUGGCCCAACCCGUCACCAUCAGAGAGAUCAUGCAACGUCCUAAAAUUUGGCUCCCCAGAAACCUUCGCCAGACUCUCAUCAAGAAAGUCGGAGACACCGUCAACAUUGUGAUUCCGUUCCAGGGUAAACCCAGGCCCAAGGUAACAUGGAGCAAAGACGGGGAGGCCCUCAGCCCCCAGUUCGCCAGCGUGAGGAACAGCGAAAUUGAUACGAUCCUCUUCAUCCGCAAGACGGAGCGGAAGCACUCGGGGCAGUACGACCUCCAGGUGCAGAUCGAGAACGUGGCGGAUACGUCUAAAAUCAUGCUGCAGAUUGUUGAUCUCCCGGGGCCUCCACAGGCUCUGAAGAUCGUGGAUGUCUGGGGAUUCAACGUGGCGCUGGAGUGGAAGCCACCGAAGGACAACGGUAACUGUGAGAUCACCGGUUACAACAUCCAGAAAGCUGACAAGAAGACCAUGGAGUGGUACACCGUCUACGAGCAGUACAGGAGAACCAACUGCGUCGUGUCCGACCUCAUCAUGGGAAACGAGUACGUCUUCCGAGUCUUUGCCAUCAACCUGGUGGGCCUCAGUCAGGAUCCCUGCGAAACCAAAGACAGCGUUUUCAUCCACAAAACAGGUAUCGCGUACAAGCCGCCCACCUACAAGGAACACGACUUCUCACAGGCGCCCAAGUUCACACAUCCUCUGGUGAACCGCUCCGUCAUCGCCGGCUACAACGCCACGCUCAGCUGCUCCGUGAGCGGAAUACCGAAGCCCAAAGUGACCUGGUACAAGAACAAAAUGGACAUCUCGCACGAGGCCAAGUACCGAAUGCUCAGCAAGCAGGGCGUGCUGACGCUGGAGAUCCGAAAGCCGUGUCCGUUCGACGGCGGGGUGUACAUGUGCAAGGCGGUCAACGACAGCGGGGAAGACAUCGUGGAGUGUAAGCUGGAGGUUCGCCCUCAAAUUCCAAAGGAAGAAAAGAAAGAUGCCAAGAAGUGAAGCCACCAGCUGAAGAGAGGAUCGAUGUCUCUGCUCCCUGUUUGAGGAACUCUCCACAAACUGUUCACCCAGAACCUCUGCAGGCAUCACGUCCUCCUCACCGUUAGGCCACUAGACUGCCAACGACAACGCUUCGUUAGCAGGGAACUGUCAGCAUCGAUGUUCUAAUUAAAAAUACUUCAUGGUUCUGUUCAUGUCAGAGAUCAGAUGUGACCGUCGUGGUGUUCAGUAAAUCUGGCAGAACUCAUGGAGCUCGUUUGUGAUUUGCUGUCCUGUUUCUCACUUGUUUCAGUUGAUAGAAGGUACAAAUGAAUAAUGUUUGGAUUGGUGUGUGUGCAUAAAAACUGCUUCAAAACA